AAUUGCACUCAGCAUAAUGUUAUAUAAACAGAGUUACUGCUUUUAAAAUCUCUAAAAAAUGAAACCAAAAUCAGAAGGAUUAAAAAUAGAGAGGAAAACUCCAAAAUUUCCCUUUGAAGUAGUAGACUAAAGUAAAAUUAUUUAGUAGGGAAUUAAUAAAGGCAUAAAUGAAUUUAAACCAAAACCUCCUAAUAAAGAUAAAACAAAUACAUAAGUGAACUAACAAUAAGUGGAAUAUAGAGAACAAAGUUAAAGUAGAACUAGGGCCUUCUCACACUAAAAUUAAGCUAAUAAAUAGAAAUUUAUUAAACUUGAUAAUAAACCCAAUCUAUAAACUUACAAAUAAAUUCAUCAAUCAACUAAUCCCUAAACUGACCCAUAAACUAAAAAAUAAAUUAACCCGUAAACUCAUCCAUAAACUAACGAAUAAAUUAACCCUUAAACUAGCCCAUAAACUAAUACUAAUCCAUAAGGUGAGGAUAAUAUUGAUGCUGAAGUUUAACACGAUUAUGAUCUCAUCGAUGUUUCUAAUAAUAAUGAAUACCAGAAAUUACUAAUAUAUACUCAUAUUCUAUUUUAUUAUAAUAACAAAUAAUAGAAUCUUGAAAAACAAUCAUAAUCUCAAUAAAGAUGCCUUAAAAUAAGUGGGAAAUUGUAUAAUACAUUGUUUGAUCAUGAUAAAAAUCCUUCCUAUAUCAUUUAGGAGGGAGAAUUCUUAGUUGACUUAAAUAAAAAGUAAUUUAAAUUGGAUGGGUAAGGAAUAGAAUAUUAAGGAAAAUCUAAUAUGGUGAAAAUUUAAGGGGAGUUUAAGUAAGGAGUAUAAGCGUAGAAGAUAUCUUCAUCUUAAAAUAAAUCUCAAUAUAAAUCAUUUAGUGUCGAGCCAAGAAGAAUUAAAAUAAUGGAGAUUAUUGAUGGAUAACCAAUACAAAUACAUAAUAGAAUCGAAAAGAAAAGUAUUUGGUGUAAAUAUAAUCAAUAAUUUUGUUAAAGAGAUUUAGAUAUAUUUAAAAAUAAUUAGUGGCUAAAUAGUAGUAUAAUUGAUUGCUAUGUUUUAUAUCUUAACAAAAAAAGCGAAGAAGAAUAUUUUAACUCACCUUAAGAUAAAAGACGAUAAAUAAAUCGAAUCUACUUUGUUACUAGUAGUUUAACCACAAAUAUUAGUAAAUUAAACAAUAUCUAACAAGGGAAUGAUUUAUUUCAAUAGCACUUUCUUGAAUUUUAAGAAUUAAAAUAUACGAUUUAAACUAUUUAUUCCAAAGUUGGGUUCCCUGUUGUUUCAAAUAGCCAUUGGUUUUUUUUAUUAUUUGAUUUAAAAGAAAACAAAGUAGAAAUUUUUGAUUCUUUAUCAAAAAGUUUAAAUUCUAAUAAAAGAUUAAUCACAAGACUGUCAGAGUUAUUAAUGCUAAAAAAUCCAAAAUAAAGCAUAAAUGGAAACUCUGGUUCAUAAAAUGAUAGUUAUUCAUGUGGAUAUCAUGUUUGUUGUUUUAUGAAAAUGUGCCAUAAAGCUCAAUUUUCAAAUUCAUCUUAAUAUUAAUAUGAUGAGAAAGAAAUGAGGGGAAUUUUAAGAGAUUUGAUUGAUUAUUAAGAUAAUAAAUCACAGUGA